CAUGUUUGCAGCAGGUCCCCGGUGGGGAUCGCUCGAAGCAUGGGUAGGAUGAGGCUGUUUCAGGGGACGACGGAGCAGCCGCGCUUGUUGUCUUUUGCUCUCCACCCGGACCCCUCAAUGUGGGAGGGCGGUGAUGCGCCCUCAAAUCCGGGUGCAUAUCAGCUUGGCGGGAGGGCGGCGGUCAAGCAGGGCUUUGUCAGAGGCGACGAUGAUUGGAAGCGCGGCUCGACCGUUGAGGAGUUCGAGAUGCUGGUCAAGGCCUAUCUCCCCACGCCUGCACUGAGGAUCGGGGGGAUGGAAUUUCUGAUGAAAUUGGCGCCGUUCAUAGAGACUUUCUCGUUCCAGAAGACGUACCGCUUCACCGGACUCUCGCUUUUCGUAUGGUACGACGCCCGCGCGGCUGGUAGCGAGAAGCCGACGCUAGGCAUGGCGAUGAUCGACUUCCCGCACACCCUCGGCAGUCCCAGCGAGGAGUACGGUGAAUUAGACUCGGGCGUGCUCAAGGGCCUCACUUCGCUUCGCGACAUCGUCACGUCGAUGGAUUCCAUAGAAGGAUAG